AUGGCACCUUUACGCCGCAAGAAAAUACUCGUAUGCUUUGGCUGCGGAAAGAAAUCUGGCAUCAAAUACGAUGGAUUAAUCCGACGCUGGGACUGUACCCUUUGCGAUAGUCCAAACUUCCUUGAUGAAAAUGGAGACAUUACAGAUCCUCCAGCUGAAACUUUUUCACAGGAUACGGCAAAUAUCGACAGGUCAUAUGCUGUAGCUAGAGAUGCGUCCUAUCUACCCCGACGGAGCUCUAGGUUCUGCGAGAAUUGUCUGAAGAAUCAACAUUUGAACAAUGCAUCUAUGCGACAGCUUGAUAUUGACCUGGAUUUGUCACGCCCAGGAUUUGGCAGAGAAGAGAAGGCUCUCUACGAAGCGGCAAAGGAGAGGAUCGAAAAGAGGUAUCCUCAAGUGUGUGAAGACUGCCAGGCUGGAGUUCUGGAAGGAAUAAGAGCCUCACUCAAGUGGGCAAAGGGUGACGAUCUUGGCAGAAGACUCGCAAAGACGCGUGAUGGAAUGAUAAAGAAGUCGAGGAGUUAUAGCAUUUCUGAUUUAGGACGUCUACUCUGGUACGCAGGUUUAUGGGGUCACGUCCUGUGGAGCCUCUCUUCCAUGUCUACCGCAUUUGAUUUCAACGUGCUCGAAGGGUCUCCUCUUUCUUUUGUUUCGACAAUAAUGCACCUGGUCCAACCCUCGGUGCGUGUUGGAGCUUCCGAGAAAUGGAUACUAGUAUCUCUCCUUUGUACUGUGUCCUCGUGCUGGUGGAAUCCGUACAUAAGCAAGUCGAGCACGGUAUAUAGGGACAAUAUCAAUGGGCUUAGGAAUUGGUACAGAUUCCAGAUCUUUACCAUUGCUGCGCGCUCUGUGGCUUGGUGGCUUAUGGGAACCGGUGUUGCUGCUCAGUCAAACCAUCCAGCGACGAUAUGCGCUCACUUAUCAUUAGUUAUUGUCAACCUCUUUUUGGCUCGGGCAGCCUACGUCUCUCUGAGCAUCGAGGUCAAACCUCUCUGGGGUUCGACCCCCACUAGUUUCAAAUAUGUAGCCGCCAGACCUGGAUCUCCUUCAGAUAUGGACGAUGUGAAUAACCAAAUGAAGAACAUAUUUGGCCAACCAGUCAACAAAUACGGGCCUGUCUCAUCUCCGUCUCCAUAUCCAAAGCAAUUAAACGUUAACUACGAUGACAUGCCGGCCGGACAAAACCCUCCACUUCUCAGUUCUAUGUCAACCAGCCAAAUGUUCACGGGAAGCUUGGUAAACGAACAGACCAUAGAAGGCGAACCCAUGGACUGGUCCCCUUCGAUUUCACAAGUAUCUCAGCAUCGGGCCUUUCUCCCCUCCAGUCGGGAUCUAAACUCAAAAUUAUUCGGCGACUCUCCCGUCAAUGGGCAAAACUCCGCCUUCUGGUACAAAGUACCACCAGCCCCAACAACACCAGCCCAGCGGCGUUACAAUCCUCCGAACAAAGCGCGCUUACAAGUCACCCCUCAGGAAACGAAAGAGAACUUUUUUAAUUCAAUGAAUCGGCGUGUUAGAGAUUCGAAUUUUGGGGUCUCAGGACUCAAUAUGGGUGAUAACAUCAACUCGGUGGAUGAUUUCGAGUUCGCACAACCCAAAUUCUUUCCUCCGACGUCUCCUUGUAAGGAAACAGACGAGCUCAUUCAAUUAUUCACAAAUUCUUGGACAUUAUCAGAAGAGGAGAAAAAGAUACCAGAGCUAGUGAGGAGACAUGGGUCUCGCAGCCGUAACGGACUUCACGCUUUGCUUCUCAUUUGUGGGUUUGUCCUUUGGCAUUAUUCAGAAAAGUUUCCAUCGACAUAUUCCAGACAGUACAUGACUGUUGUAAUGAUUUCAGCCUUCUAUGUAGGCGAAGAAAUUAUACGAGACAACCACACAAACAUUAAAAGAUCAACCGGAUCACACAUGAGUCAGAUCGUGGGAAUUAUUAUUGGCACCUCAGCAUUGAUCGGCGCAGGACUCACGAUUGUGAAUAUCUGGUACGAAAACAGCUCCUGCACGAAUCUGGCGUCUCAUGGCCAUUGGCUGGUCGCCGCUCUAUGCUUGCACCAGUUCUGGCUUGCCCUAUUCGGCCAUUGA